AUGUACGGACAACAACCGUUCCCGCAGCAGCAGCGGAUGGAGCGCUCGAUGUCGCAGAAGAAGCGCGAUCAGGCGGCGGCGCGGAAGGAGUUCAAUAACGACUGGCAGACGGGCCUGUGCGGGGCCCCGUGCGCCGAUCCCGCGUAUUGCUGCUUCGCGCUCUUUUGCGCGACGUGCGCGGCGUACGAACAAAGAAAACUCCAGAUGGGCUCGGCGUGGCCGUCGCAGUACGUGUGCUGCAACGGAGGGACGUGCGUCUCGGGCCGGUGCGGCGAGCGGAGCAAUCCCGAGCUGUGCCUCUGCUGCGAGGUGUGCUGUUGCUUUCCGAGCGCUAUGGCGACGACGCGUUUCAUGAUUCAAGACGAACAGCGCGUGAUGAACACACAGUGCGAUAAUUGUCUCAUCGGGUUCAUGCUCAUCACGCAACAGCUCGCGUUUUGCUUGCGCUGCCUGGCGAGCGUCACGAACAACCAGGACAUCGAGCUGCUCGCGGACGCGGUCGACUGCUUAGCGGACCUCACGUACGCCAGCGUGUGCGCGUGCAUGCUGACGCAACAGAACCUCCAAAUCAAGCACCGAAACUCGCAGCAGACUCAGGGAAGGCCGGGAGUGAUGGCGGCGCCGACGCCGCCGACGAUGCAGCCGGGGCGCCCGUCCGCGCCAGUCGUCCUCACUCAAGGACCGCCGCAGCCGCAACCGAUGACUUAUACGUACACGGCACCACCUCGUCAGGCCCCGCCACCGCGUGCCCCCCCGGCACGCGCUCAACCGCACGGGCAAUACACGACCGGGUCGACGUACUAUCCGGAAUAG